AUGAGCAUCCAGGACAUGGCGCACGGCAUCAUACGGGAGUAUCUGAAGCUCCAUGACUACACGGAGGCCUACGAAGCCUUUGAACGCGAAGCUAUACAUCGCGGAAUCCCAAAGCUCUUCAGUAAGCGACUGGAGAUACUCGAGGCUGUUGGGAUCACUUCACAGUUCAGAGAGGAAUUUGAGAAGAAGAAAAGGGGCGUCCCACAUCUAGAAACCUCUUUGGAAGUGCUCAUAAAGAGUUACAAAGAGGCGUCUGCAAGUGAAGAAAAGGAAGUGGCGCAAGCUCGCCGCGUCCGCCGUAAGCGGCCGCAAGGCAUACAUCGCACGAUAGAAGAGACAGCAACGUCACAGCCAGAGGCACCACAGUUAGAAACUUUACUUUCCAAAUAUCAACCUUCUGAGGAGCCCGGUGAGCUCAUCUCUCCACAUCCUAUUGUCUCAGUUAAGGAUCACAUUGCCGCUAAUGGUGGCUUCCCGCUUUUCAAAUCAGUCCUUUUCGGGGCCAAAAGACAAGCUACUAUUCCAGAUACUUGGUAUCAAUCGCUCUUUUGUCUUUCGCUCUCACCAAAAACAAAGCCAAAGAAGACGAGCUUUUCUGUUUUGCAUCCAAAGUCGUGGGCCAUUCACCAGCGUGAGGGAGGUCCGUGCGGAGUCAUUGCAGUUAUUCAAGCGCGUGCGGCUAAAUACCUAUUUCAUGGCGCAAAACCACGUGUUUUGGCCUCUGCUACCUUGAUUCAAGCCCUAACCAUUGGAUUGCAAAACUUAGCAGCCGAGGAUGUACCGGUCCCGUUUAUCGAAGCAGUUCUGUCUGCCAUUUAUGACACUUUAGAACUGGUCCUGAAGCAGAGCCCUACAGGUCGUGCGUACUUAGUUGUUCCAGCUACUCACAGGGCAUUUGCUAGAGAUCUUCUGCAGCAGCUUUCGAGCGUAGCACCCUCAGACACAGUUGCGCGGCAACAGUUACUGGGAGACAUUCAUGGUCGGCUAGGCCUGGCGCGAAUAGUUGAAGAGAUGGAUGACUUUGAAGUCAUUACAGCAUCUUCCCCGGCGGAAAUCCAUGGUAUUCUCUCUUCUCUCUUCUACCAGUUCUAUGCAAUUACAGCUUUCCCGUCUUCCUUUAUCCCAGCCCUCGUUGUUUCGGUGAUACUCACGAGAACGCUUCGUGAAAUCGCAGUCACAGACUUUGAUUCUUCAAAUAAUGGCAGCCAUGGGCCUAGUACUGGGCUAUCAUCGGACAGCCUAUUCACAAACAUGAACAAUGCGUCCAUGGAAUUGGUGAAUCUUUUCAUCCACGGGAAGGCAGUGGCUGGCACCCACGAUGGGGUCGUUACCUGCGAUGGUUUUACUCUAAAGGGCAUUGACACACCAACAGAUGUAGGCUUGCUUAGCAUCUAUGAAUAUUACAACUACCUCACGAUAGGCGACAAUCUGAAGUGGGGGGUUCUCUGUCCAUGCUUUGUUUUAUUCAACGAAGCACACUAUACAUCCCUCUUUCCUAUUGACAAAGCAGCCAUGGAUACUAUCUCUACUGGACUAGCAGAUCGCAUGUUUGGUUCCAGAAAAGAGGUAGAUGUGAUUUAUUCCGACUCCUUGGACGACCAAUCGGAAGCUGUACGGCUUACGUUAACACUAGAGGGCCCUGUAACGUGCAAGAGAGAGGAGGACGGCAUCAGGGACAAAAGCUUUGUCAACCAACUAAUAUACACGUUAUUCGGCACGUCUAUAGUCUCUAUAUCGUGGAACGGGGCAGAACCAUACCUUUAA